AUGGAGCGGAUUUUCAAUGAGGCGCUGAGUGAUGACACAGGGGGACCGGGGGCCGGCGAGGCUCGUCAGGAGGCAGAGGCCAGAAGCAGCAGUGAGGCUGACACAGAGUCCACCAGCAAGUGGAGCGAGGUGAGUCAGUUCUUUGGCAGGGGUGAGAUGCUGAACCGCUUGUCCCUGGAGCUAUCCCAGCAGACCCUACGUGACGAGGAGCUGCGUGCCCGGCACCACAGUGCCCUCUUCAGGCUGCGAGAGGAGGCACUGAGUGAGAAGACCCAUGCAGAGUUAGCCUGGCUCGAGCACCAGAAAAUGUGUCUGAGAGAAGGAGAGGAGGACACUCUGGCUGAGAUUGCAAGGCGACAGGAGGAUGUCCUUUGCACCCUGCGGCAGGAGAAGACUGAAAUCCGGCACCUUCAGACUGUGUACAGAGCUGCUCGGCAACAGAGGAAACUACUUCUGAGACAUCAGAGAGAGAUCCUGGGCAUCCAGAGAGCUGCUGCACUAAUAAAGAGUAAACUACUGGGAGACUCUGCACUGAGCCAACAGAAUCCGGAGAGUGCAGAGCAGCAGAUACAAGGAGGUCUGGAGAAUAACACUGCACUGCACCAGUUACAGAGGGAUCUGAGGAAACACAGUGCAGUGCAUCGUAGCCAGGGAAAACUAAAGAAACGCCGUGCACUACGCCAGUUCCAAGAUGAUGUAAAGAAAGAUGGGGCUGUACAUCAAUCACAUAGGGACCUACGCAAAUACUGCGCAUUGCAGCUUUCACAGAGAGAUCUGCAUGAAAACACAGCAGUGCUCCACUUACAAGGCGAUCUGAAUAAAUACAGUGAGGUACAGCAGGAAUGCACCAAACUGCAUCAAUUACAGGGGGGUCCUGAGGAAUUCACCACUCUGAACAAAUUAAAUGGGGACCAUGAGGAAGACACCACUUUGCAUAAUUUAAAGGGGGGUCCUCAGGAAGGCAGUAUUCUGCACCACUUAGAGAAUGGGCCACAGGAAGACAUUCUGGAAGACACCACUCUAUAUGACUUACAGGGGGAAGAACCAGCAGGAACAGCUCAACAAAAGCUACAAGAAGGUCCUCAGAAAGACAUCACUUUGCACAAGGUACCAGGGAGUCCUCUUGAAGACCCUGCUUUGCACAACAUUCGGGGGGGUAGCCAGGAAGACACCACUCUGCAUCAGUUACACAGUGAUGUCCAAAAACACUUCAGUGAUGACCAUAGGAACGCUACCUGGGAGCAGAUUCCAGAUCAAAGCAGCUCUUCUGAGAAGCCUGGGAGCUCACCUGGUCCAGAGCCCAGGGAGAGACAGCGCCGGGUGGCGGAGCAUAGCCAGAACACGAGCAGUGAGCUGGAAGACAGCCAACAGAGAUGGGAGGACAGAUUUGUGAUAAAGACAGAAAGAGACACCUCUCCAACAGAGGGGAGCUGGAACUGGGAAAAGAGAAAGAGUGAUCCGGAGAUCCUGGGCUUGGAAACAGAUAUUCUUCACUCAGAUCCAGAGGACAAUGAGCUGGAUAUCCAGAACCUGGAAACAAAGCAGAGCGAGCUGGAUAGUCUCCACUCCGAUCAGGAGAACAGUGAUACGGAUAACCAGGAAUGGGAUGAUAAGGAGUGGGGCUCCGAGGAUCACGAGACUGGGAAGAUUGAGGAGCGAUUAAAGCAUGUGGUAGAGGACAGGACACAGACAGGUAAGAAGGACUGA